AAAACUUUCGACUGUUGAAUAUUUUCCAAGAUGAUAUGGUCUUGCAAAUGGCACCAAAGAGUGCUGUUUUGAGUGGAUUUGGCGAGCCGAGCGCUGAGGUUGUCGCACAAUUUGAGGAUAAUUUUUUAACGACUUCUGUUUCUGACGAUGGAGCUUGGCAAAUCAUCCUGCCACCGCACUCUCCAGGGGGUCCUGUCAAUUUCCAAAUUACGCAGGGAGGAGGCAAUGAGACGUUUUCUUUCAAUGCUUGGUUUGGAGAUGUGUGGUUUUGCAGCGGGCAAAGCAACAUGGAAAUGCGAGUCGAGGAGGUAUUCAACUCGACCGAGGAAAUCACGAAAGCGCUUUCUUAUCAGAACCUGCGACUGUUGCAAAUUAAAAAUAACUACUCGCUGUCGACCGAGCUGGACGAGGUCGAGGGCUUUUCCAUCCCUUGGACAGCGCCCCAGCCAGAUUCUGUCCCAAAAUUUUCUGCGAUGUGUCUUUUCUUCGGCGAGCGUCUUUCGGACCAUUUCAACAAUUCCCGCCCCAUUGGCCUGAUCGAUUCUUCAUGGAGUGGGACCAGAAUUGAAGCUUGGUCAUCGGCGAGAGUGGCCGCGGAAUGUAACACUCCUGCUAAUGACGGGCAGAACGAAAACUCGCAGUCUGCUCUUUGGAACGGAAUGGUGGCGCCGUUGACGAAAACAGCAAUCCGAGGGGCGAUUUGGUACCAGGGCUCGACCAAUGUUGAGUGGAACGCCGACUUUUACGCGUGCCACAUCACCGCUCUUGUCAACGACUGGCGAAACUCGUUCCAGCAGGGAAACGUUCCGGCCGACGCGAACAGUAUUGCUUUUCCAUUCGGCAUUUUCCAGAACGGACCGGCCGAGCGGGGAGAGAGUUACGAGUGGGGAUAUUUGCGUUGGCACCAAACAGUCGAUCAAGGGGUGCUGCCGAAUUCGAACAUCCCCGAGGCUUUUUUGGGCACCACCUACGACCUGACCGACCAUGAUUCGCCCACCGGAGACAUUCAUUUUCGAGACAAACAGACGGCUUGCACGAGAUUGGCGGACGCGGCUAAGAAUUUGAUUUACGGACAAGUCGACCGAAAGAAAUACGGCCCUGUUCCGGUCAAUAUCGACUUGUCUUCUGCUGACUCCCUGCUGAUCACUUAUGAUACGGCCCUUUCAAUAGGAGGUCCGGAUGGAUUUGCCUUUGAACUCGCGGAUGGAUCUUGGAGUGCAGCCUCGUUUGCGCUAGAAAACGCCACUUCAGUCCGCGUUCAGGUCCAACCUGAUGCACGUCUUUUGACUUACGCGUUCAGGUCAAGCGUUUGCGAGUACAAGCAGUGCGCCCUGUACUCUGAUGACGAGGAUAGAUUGCCGGCGCAGCCGUGGAUUUGGGAUAUACGAGCUCAAAAUUAAAUUUUAAACCGGGGUUUUGUGAAUAAAUACAUGGAAUAAAUCAGUUAUAAAUUGGAAAUUAAGUUUUAAACUAUUUUGAGAAAAAAAUAUUUACUGUUUAAACGCUGAAUUAGUUUCU